GACGACGACUUCAACGGCAUUUGCUGCAACAUCUAGAGCAGCGUUUCUGCGAGACUCUUUGCAUCAAAAUGGCUCAGUCGUACUUCCCUGCUUCGGCCAGCGCCAGCGCGGGGUCGCCGCAGCCUCUGGUGGAGAGCUCACCGAAACAUCUGAACGAAGGAGUCCAGGAGGCGUAUCUCGAGCACAAGAAUAGCCCAUGCUCUGCGUCAAGAUUACUGAAUGCUUUGGAUAACACGAAGUCGAUCCUGGGAGAUCUCCGCCAGUUCAACAAGGACGACUGGGUCGUUCGCUACCCUCAGCUGCAGGAGCAGCCCGCCACGGCUGAGUCGUCCGCUACCACCAAGCGCAGGGGCAUGCGUCGUUCCCUCUCCUUCCCCGAUGAUCCGUCCUUUCAGGCCGAUGUCGUCGUUAGCCCUGCCAAGGCAGGCUUGACUCGCUCCGUAACUCUGGCCUCUAUCGCCGACAAGGAGGAAGAUCCUGCAGCCGAGUAUGAGGAGGACGGCGAUCGUCUUGUAUCAGCUGCCGAAGUGUCGGACUUCAACGUCUUCCGCCUUGACCUCAAGCUCGGCCCCCAUGGCUCGUCUUCCUCCCCUGCAGCACUCGUGGCGCAGCUUGAAAAGUCGUCCAUUGCCAAUCUCCUGGACGAUCGCGUAGUAAACGCUGUGAAUCACCUUAACAAGCUUCGCUCGCGCAUCGAAGACACGUCUUCGAAGGUCCUCGUCACGGGUGAUCUCAAUGCUGGCAAAUCUACCUUUGUCAACGCACUCCUCGGCCGGGAGAUCAUGCCUGUGGACCAGCAGCCGUGCACGACGGCGUUCUGCGAGGUUCAUGACGCGAGGGAGAACGACGGAAAGGAGGAGGUCCAUAUCCUGAAGGAGGGCGCAACGUACUCCGCCCAGGACGAAAGCACGUUUACUCGGGCGAGCCUUUCCGAUCUGGACGCGAUCGUAUCGGAGAACGAGAACGACUCACAGGUCCUCAAGAUCUACCUCGCCGACCCUCGUGAUCCGCAAGCGUCGCUCCUUAGCAACGGGGUCGUCGAUAUAUCUCUCAUCGACGCUCCGGGUCUCAACCGAGACAACACCCACACCACUCGCGUCUUUGCCCGACAGGAUGAGAUUGACAUCGUCGUCUUCGUCGUGUCUGCGGAGAAUCACUUCACGCUUUCGGCGAAGGAAUUUUUGACGAACGCCAGCAACGAGAAGGCCUACCUGUUCAUCGUCGUCAACAAGUACGAACAGAUUCGGGACAAGGCCAAGUGCAAACGCAUGGUCCUCGAACAGAUCAAGCAGCUCAGCCCACGGACGUACGAAGACGCGGAGGACCUUGUUCACUUCGUAGACUCACAGCACGCGCUUCAUGAGGGUACUUCCUCUUUCGGCAAGCUCGAGUCCGCCCUUCGCUCCUUCGUCCUCGUCAAGCGUGCGAAGUCCAAGCUGGCUCCUGCCUCGACAUAUCUCACCAAGCUCCUUGCUGAUGUCGAUCUUCUCGUCGGUACGAAUGCGAUUGUCGCGCAGAAGGAACUCGAGCGUGCACGUGACGACCUUAACCGUGUCCGUCCUGUGCUUGAGAAAAUGAAGGGCAGCCGAGAGACCCUUGAGGAGAGCCUGGAGUCCAUUGAGGAGGAUGGCGCGUCGCAUUCGCGUUCGCGCACGAAGGAGCUCCUGACUGAUGCUGUUGAGCGCAUUGGUCAGGGCAAGCUUGGCGUGGAUGCUCCUUCCGUACACCUGCCGUCAUACCCUGGUCUCCUUGGCAUCUGGGACUACGCGCGCGAAGUUCGCCGCACACUCCUUGCUUCCCUGGACGCAGCCGUCAAGCUCGCAGAGGAGGAGGCGCGGAUCGUGACUAUCGAGGCUGUCGACAAGAUCGCGCAGCUCGGCGAUAAGCACCUUCCGGAAGGUGUUGAGCGGUCGAAGCGCGUUUUCAUGCCUGAGGCGAUGUUCUCCUUCCGCGCCGACAAGAAGGGCAAUCGCAAGUCACGCCAGGCUUCUCGCACCGUCGUUGCCGGAGGCAUGUACGGCCUCGGUAUUGGUCUUGCUCAGCGUCCUGACAUGCUGGAGACCACGUUCUUCGAUCUGUUCGACGUUCAGCAUCAGUUCUGGAUUCACUUUGGCGAGGGCAAGGAUCAGCAGACCGAGGAAGUCACCGUCAGCACUCUUGGCUACGCGUCCGUUGGCCUAGGUGCACUCACGAUGGUCGGCGGCAAGGCGAUUGGCGCGCGCAGCCUUGUCGAAGGUAUCGUGCGCGUCUGCGACAUCUUCGAGAACGAGACGGCGCGCAAGUGGGCGGCCCCUGUCCUUGGUGCCGUCACCAUCGGCCUUGUCACCUACUUCGUCCUCGAGCUUCCGAGCACCAUUCCGAAGACGGUUGGGCGCAGGAUCAAGGCGUCCCUUGCGAAGGAGAGCGAGGAGAAGGGCGAAGAGAGCUCGUUCAUCGGCGCGAACGCUACCCGGGUGAGCCGGGAGGUCCGCAAGGUGCUCAGGCUCGCGGGGUGGGACGUCAGGGAGCGGUUCCGGGCGGCGAUGGAGGAGCAUGGGCGGGAGGUCCACGGCGCGGAGGAGAUGGAGCGGACGGCGAUGAAAGCUCUCGAUCGCUUCUGCGAGAUCGAGAAGCGUACGGGCGAAGUGCGGGAGUCGGUCGUGCUCUAUAUUACGAAUCCUCAUGUAUUGCUAUACGAUUCGGAGUUAACAAUGCAGUCGGGAAUCAUCGCCCGCAUCAAGCACAGAGCAUUGGAGUCCGCUAUGGACGAACAUAUGUCCAACGUAAUCAGCCAGCUGCAGCAGCUGGUUGCCAGCAUCAACGACGUGCAUACCCAGCAAAUCGGAAGGCUAGCGAGUGGCUCAGACGCGGAGACUCUGCAAAAGUGGCGGUCAUUUGAUACCGCAUUGCUCGAAUCCUCCCGUCAAAUUCGUUACCACCUCAAUGGGGAGGCUCCUAUCAACUCCCUACCACGCGAGAUUCUCUCGGAGAUCUUUGCGCUAGCUUCUUGCGAUGGUUUCGACACGAGAAACCUAGCCUCCGAAGACUUCUCAGAGACCUCUAUUAUGCUUCCCAAGAACCUCAGGCGAAUCACCACCGUGUGUCGCGCGUGGCGAGAUGUGGCCUUGUCCGCUGCAUUCCUGUGGUCACACUUCGUGGUCGAUACAGAUUGGGAUGAGAGGGCUUACACACAACAGCUGAGAUUGUCACAAAACGCACCCACCAAGCUUUACAUCCAGAAGGACAGCCGGCAGCGGGCCGCAGCUCGUUUGCUGAAAGACCUUGGUUCUCGGCUCCGAGAGCUUUACAUCUUCGACUACAGCAUGGAAUGGGAACACAUUCUCCCGGUACUACCAGUGACCACGAGUCUGUUGACGCAAGUCUCGAUAGAGAUCGCACCCCGUUCGCGUUUUGAGCCAAGAGGACCCUUGGAGAACGAAUUCUUGUCUGGGGUUCUGGGCAACUUGCGUCGCUUCAAUCUCUCCGGCGCACCGUUCCUCCCAACUGGACAAUUCCCCAACCUCACCUACCUCCAUGCAGGCGGAGGGGGUCCUCAUCAACUCUCUAGCCUUCUAUCAUUUCUUUCUGCCGCACCUAAACUCGAAAUCAUCCUGCUCUCCUUGCGUCUCGAACAAGAUCUGCCACAAUGCCACCACAGAACCGUUCACCUUCCACAUCUCCGGCGAUGCGCUUUGAACAUGGGGGAUAUUCACGGGGACAUACUGCCUCGGAUCACAUUCCCGCCUAUGUGCCUCGUCUUGUUUGGGACUCUCACGGACGCACUUGACGAAGUACUGUCAGCCGAGGACAUGGACGCGCAUAUACGCACCAUAGUGGGCCUGUUACCCACCCACCCCUUCGCGCAGCACCUCACGCGCCUCCGCAUCAUCCCUGGCAACAGGGGGUGGGACAGUGUCGCAGACACCGACAACACCUACCACGUCCAGCUCUCUGACGAACAGGGAGCGAGCGGGGUGCACUUCGAGGUCUCGCGCAUCUUCCAAUCCUCCGACCUGCGCGACCCCGAAGACAUAGACUACUUCGCAGAGGACCUCGCAGACGUCUUCUGGUGUCCAGGCGGUGUCUUCCUGGCGGCCGACGUCAAGGAGCUUUGGCUGCACAAGUGGACAGAGUUCCUCUCUCCCACGCUGCUCGCGUGCUUCCCCUCCCUCGAGACGGUCGGACUGGUCCUCUCGCGGAAGCGGAGAUACGACGAACCGAUUCCCCCCGCGCUCGGACGGGGUUACGACGGAUAUAUCCACUGCCCCACCCUGACGACCGUCUGCCUCUACACGUGCGACGCCGACGCUGUUGACGACAUGCGAGAUAUCUUGCAGCAGCGCAAGCGCGGCGGCCAUCGGGUCAUGAGACUCGCGAUCGAGUGCAAAGACGCCAAGGCGCACCGUCGCGCGCUGAAGCUGGACAAGUACGUCCACGAAUUGUUCGUCACGAUGGCCAAGAAGGAUGUCAAAUGGUGGGAGGAUUGUACAGACCCGUGGGAGGGUCAGCUUCGCGAGUGGCCUGAUUGGCCUGAAUGGUUCGAAUGGCGUCGACAGGACAGGGCCUUCGCGAAUGAUUUGAGCGAGGAAUCGGAUUCAGAGAACGGUUGGUAG